AUCCCGCCCCCAGAGGCGUCUUCCUGUCUACAUGGCCUCUCCCUGUUCUGGAGACCCUGGCCCUGGUCGGCUGCCCCCACCCACCACUCCGGGUGUGACAGGUCCUGCUGCUCCCCAAGAGCCCCCGUUCCCAGACAUUUAUGGAGGUGACGCCCAGCUCUGGGAGGCUCACUUCCGUGGCAUUGGUCGGGCCUAUCGGGCCCUGGGCAAGGAGGAUGACUUCGCCAUCCGAGUUCUGACCGAGGACUUUACGCUCCCCUUCCCUUACGCCUGGCCACCUGGACCUGAGCCUGCUCGGGGUCCCCUCUUCUACGACCCCCAAGACAGAACGGGCUUUGACUUCCUCCUGCGGCCAGGGGCACCCCCACCUGCCUUGCUCCGUCCUCUCCAUGCAACAGCUCAAGCCUUCCUACGAAAGCGGCGACUGGAACAGCUGGCCUUGAGCUACGCCAACUCAGGCAGUGGGGCUACCCCACACCCUGGAGUGGUCCUUCUGGCCCCUGCCCCCGGGCCCAACAAAUUCUCUACCCCAGGACUCCCAGAUGGGAAAGGGGCCAGGCCUGGGCCCCCACUGGUCUAAACCAAAGCACCAUGUAGCAGACCUAUGGCCUAUGUCCCAUUAGAGUCUUCUGGAAAAUGAAUAAAU